GCCAAGAUCAAGUGUAUAAUUUUACUCUCUCAGCUGAAUGUGAAUGACAUUAGAUAAAGAUGAUUGACAAUGAUGUUUAUUCUGUAUUACAGUUGUCUACUGAACCUCCAGCCCAGAAUGACUACAGACCACAGGAAAAAGUGUCUUCUCCCAGGUCCCCUCUCUCGCGCCAUGUGGCGAUAGCUUUGGGACUUCUGAACGCCCUUCUUAUGUGUUUGCUGCUUGUCCCGUGGAUUCUGUGCCAAGGUUCCACUCAUGCCAGUUGUCCUAGUUGCCCAGACUUCUGGGUGAGGUAUGGCGACCACUGUUACUACUUCUCAGUGGAGAAAAGCAACUGGGAUUCUAGUCUGGACUUCUGCUUAGCUGAAGACUCCCAUCUCCUUAUGCUUACAGGCAACCAGGAAAUGAGCCUGCUUCAACCUCUCCUCAAAGAGGACUUUUAUUGGAUUGGUCUGAGGAACAAUUCUGGCUGGAGAUGGGAAGAUGGGUCAGCCCUAAACUUUUCAAGGAUUAUUUCAAACAGCUUGAUACAGAAGUGUGGUACCUUCAGCAAAAGUGGUUUCCUAGGCUCUAGCUGUGAGGCUCUUUUACGGUGGGUCUGUAAGAAGGUCAGACUUUGAUGGGUGGAUCUGUCAUAUGGCUCCCUAAAAAGGGGGAGCCAGCCUCUGGGUGCUGGGAUAGUCAUGAGUGUAUAUUUAGUGAAAGCCGAACCUUCUAGAACGUGGCAUUAGAUGUAAGAUUAAUGCGAUUUCCCUGGGACUGAUGGUUUAUUGCCGGACUCUCUUUGAGAACAGUUAGAUAUUAACAAUUUAAAGAUCAGAUCUAGGAAAAUUUGUGAAAGAAAAUAUUGUUUUAGUACUUCUCACAGUAGUGACUGAUGCUGCCUUCUUCACCCCCAUUCCCACCAUCUCUGUCAAAAAUGUACCUUUUCUGUGUUAUGGUCUGACCUGGUCCGACGAUAUCCAUGCAAAUAUAUACUAUUGCUAAUGUAUUACAGAGUUUUGAUGUGUGCUAAUAGACUGGCAUGUUACUUAUCCCUGAUAAUAUGUU